AUGACGCGUUACACAUACUUUGUGGCGUUCUCAUCGCCGCCGUCGCGCGGGUUCAUGCCCCUCCGUCGCCCACGUGACCCGUCGCCGUCGCACACUUCCCUCCACCGCCAUAGCGCACUCCCCUCCCGACGCCUUCGCGCACUCCCCUCCCGACGCCUUCGCGCACUCCCCUCAAAAGACGCCUUCGCGCACACCCCUCAAAGGACUCACUCCCCUCUAUCCCGCACGAUAAGCUCCAUUUUCGUCGCCCACCCGCACGUCCUUCGGUCGCCCAUACGCACUCCCUUCCGUCGCCCAUGCGCUCUCCCGUCCGAAGCCCAUGCCCACUCCCUUCCGUCGCCUAUGCGCACUCCCUCCCGUCGCCUAACUGCACUCCCUUCUGUCGCCUAUGCGCACUCCCUUCCGUCGCCUAUGCGCACUCCCUUCCGUCGCCUAUGCGCACUCCCUUCCGUCGCCCACACGCACUCCCUUCCGUCGCCCACACGCACUCCCUUCCGUCGCCCACACGUACUCCCUUCCGUCGCCCACACGCAAUCCCUUCCGGAGCCCAUGCGCACCCCCUUCCGCCGCCCAUGCGCACUCCCUUCCGCCGCCCGUGCGCACUCCCUUCCGCCGCCCAUGCGCACUCCCUUCCGCCGCCCAUGCGCACUCCCUUCCGCCGCCCAUGCGCACUCCCUUCCGUCGCCUCCCCAUCCCUCACCUCCUCAUUCCUCACCUCCUCAUCCCUCAUGUCCUCAUCCUUUAUUUUCCCAUCCCUCAUCACCCCAUCCCUCGCUGCGACACCGUGAGUGGCACCAUUUCCGCCCCACCCCAUUCCGCCCCACCCCAUUCCGCCCCACCUCAGUCCGCCCCACCCCAUCUCUUCCUCACCUCUCUCCGCCUCACCCCAUUCCGUCUCAACACGUUCCCCGUUUCCUCUCCCGAUCGCCCUCUCCCUUAUUUCCCCCGCGCCCUCGAUCCUAUUCUUCUCCCGCCCCCUCUCCCAUGUUUCUCCCCUUCCCGCCCCCACACCCUCCGCCCAACAGGGACAACCGGAAGCGCGUGCUUCAGCUGCUGCUGUGCUCGUGCUACAGCCCUCCUUCCCCCCACCCUCAGCCCUCCUUCCCCCCACCCUCAGCCGUCCUUCCCCCCACCCUCAGCCCUCCUUCCCCCCACCCUCAGCCCUCCUUCCCCCCACCCUCACGCCUCCUUCCCCCACCCUCAGCGCUCCUUCCCCACACCCUCAGCCCUCCUUCCCCCCUCCCUCAGCCCUCCUUCCCCCCACCCUCUGCCCUCCUUCCCCCCACCCUCUGCCCUCCUUCCCCCCACCCUCACGCCUCCUUCCCCCCACCCUCAGCCCGACUUCCCCCCACCCUCAGCCCUCCUUCCCCCCACCCUCUGCCCUCCUUCCCCCCACCCUCAGCCCUCCUUCCCCCCACCCUCAGCCCUCCUUCCCCCCACCCUCAGCCCUCCUUCCCCCCACCCUCUGCCCUCCUUCCCCCCACCCUCACGCCUCCUUCCCCCACCCUCAGCGCUCCUUCCCCACACCCUCAGCCCUCCUUCCCCCCUCCCUCAGCCCUCCUUCCCCCCACCCUCUGCCCUCCUUCCCCCCACCCUCUGCCCUCCUUCCCCCCACCCUCACGCCUCCUUCCCCCCACCCUCAGCCCGACUUCCCCCCACCCUCAGCCCUCCUUCCCCCCACCCUCUGCCCUCCUUCCCCCCACCCUCAGCCCUCCUUCCCCCCACCCUCAGCCCUCCUUCCCCCCACCCUCAGCCCUCCUUCCCCCCACGCUCUGCCCUGUUCCUCCCUGUGGAGAGCGGCAGUGGCUGCUUGACCCCCAUCGCACACACGUACUCCCCUCCGACGCCUACGCUCCCUCCCCUCUCAUCGCACCCGUGCGCUCUCUCCUCUCCUCCCCGUCCAUCGUCACGCCAUCCCACAUCUCCCCAUCCCUCACCUCCCCGUCCAUCACUUCUAUGGUCUUCCUCUCCCUCUCCCCAUCCGUCCUCAUACCAUCCCUCCUCUCCCUAUCCGUCCUCAUACCAUCCCUCCUCUCCCCGUCCAUCCUCUCCCUAUCCGUCCUCAUACCAUCCCUCCUCUCCCCGUCCCUCCUCUCCCCAUCCGUCCUCUCCCCAUCCGUCCUCUCCCUAUCCGUCCUCUCCCCAUCCGUCCUCUCCCCAUCCGUCCUCUCCCCAUCUGAUCGUCUCCCCAACUGUCCUUCCCCCAUCCGAUUCUCUCCCCCUCCCCUUCAGAGUCGCGCAACAGAGGCCUACGUGGUGCUGCAGGGAUCCCUUCCCCCUGUCCACCCAACCCCACUUCCUCCCUCCAUCACUCCCUCCCUUCCUGCAUUCCCCCCUUCCGCCCUCCCUCACAUCCUUCAUCACUCCCUCCCUUCCUGCAUUCCCCCAUUCCGCCCUCCCUCACAUCCUUCAUCACUCCCUCCCUUCCUGCAUUCCCCCCUUCCGCCCUCCCUCACAUCCUUCAUCACUCCCUCCCUUCUUGCGUCCGCCCGCCCGCGCUCACUCUCUUCCCAUUGCCCGCCCUCCUUCCCUCCCGUCAACCACGCUGCGUCCCCUUCGUCGCUGAUGUGCACUCCCCUUGAACGAGCACGCUCAAUCCCCUCCCGUCCUGUCCUAGCCCCUCACCCCGCCCUGUCCUAUACCCUCGCCCCACCAUGUCCACACCCCGUCUCCUCCACACCCCAUCCCCUCCACAUGCCAUCCCCUCCUCACCCCAUCUCCUCCUCACCCCAUCUCCCCAUCCACGCCCCACCCCACUCCGCCCUGUCCUAUACCCUCACCCCACCCUGUCCACACCCCAUCUCCUCCACACCCCAUCUCCUACUCACUCCAUCUCCUCCUCACCCCAUCUCCUCCACACCCCAUAUCCUCCUCACCCCAUCUCCUCCACACCCCAUCAGAUGCCUCACCCCAUCCCCUCCACACCCCAUCUCCUCCUCACCCCAUCUCCUCCUCACCCCAUCUCCUCCUCACCCCAUAUCCUCCACACACCGUCUCCUCCUCACCCCAUCUCCUCCUCACUCCAUCUCCUUCUCACCCCAUCUCCUCCUCACCCCAUCUCCUCCUCACCCCAUCUCCUCCACACCCCAUCUCCUCCACACCCCAUCUCCUCCUCACCCCAUCUCCUCCUCACCCCAUCAGAUGCCUCACCCCAUCUCCUUCUCACCCCAUCUCCUCCUCACCCCAUCAGAUGCUACACCCCAUCUCCUCCACACCCCAUCUCCUCCUCACCCCAUCUCCUCCACACCCCAUCAGAUGCCUCCCCCCAUCUCCGUCUCACUCCAUCUCCUCCUCACCCCAUCAGAUGCCCCACCCCAUUCCGCUGCACCCCAUCUCAAGAGUGCCCCAUUCCGCCCCACCCCAUCUCAAGGGUUCCCCAUUCCACCCCAUCCCUCAAAAUCCCCCCAUUCCGCCCCACCCAUCUCUACCCCUACCCCACCCCCUCUCCGCCCCACCCCAUCUCUGCCUCCCGCUUGUCUCCCCCAUACCCCCACUCCUAUUUUCCCCCAAAUAUUUCCCUUGUUUCAUCCCUCACGCCCCCACACCCCGUUCUGCAGCUGCGUCCAGAAUAGCCCGCCACAGCUGCUGCUGUGGCGAGCGGGUGUGGCUGCAGACGGGGGUCACAAGGUGAGGCACACCGCUGUCAUGUGCUCUGUUGUGUGGGGCUGUUCUCUGCGCACCACUGCUCUGUGGCUCUGCGGUGCUGUGCUGUGA